AUGGAGCAGUUUCUGCCAGAAAAGGUUCAGAGCUGGAUGAGGGAGCAGUGUCCAGAGAAUGGUGACAAAGUUGUGGCUCUGGUUGAGGAUGUACAGAGAGCAGCCAGGCAACAGGUAAGAAAAGGCAGUCAGAACCCUGUGGUUUUCGUCAUGAAGAAGUUGGUGCAGGAAUUUGUAGUGACAGAUGAUGGGGUCUGUCCCCAGGUCCUGGAAUCAGGAAAGGAUCUGAAAAUGCCCAUCGAGGAGACAGCUCUCUUGGGGAGUGAAAGCCCACAAGACACCAGCAGCCGGGGAAGAAAAAUCAAGGGUGAAGCACAAGAGCCUGACUCAGCAGAUGGGACAGAGGCAGGCAGGACAGAGACAUCAAGAACAAAAAAGAAUUGGAAAUGGGAUGAUACAAAGGAAGAAGAAGUGAAUGAGCCUCUUCCGAGGUCCAGGUAAGUGUUUGGGUGCUCCGAGCCAAAAAGAGGCUGGGCAGGCAUGCCAGUGUCAGGAAGGCGACGAGGAGGUUCUCCAGGGAGAUAAGGAGAAACCUGCAUCCCAGCAGAGGACAAACCCCUGGAGGCUUCACACUGGGAGGAGACCUGCACACAUCUCCUGUGUGGGAAAAACUGCUCUCACCGCUCUCAGAGUUGUCUCUCUCACCACCACCCAGUCCCUAAACUGGAAAAGGCUUCUAAAUGUCACGAAUGUGGGAAAAGCUUUAGUCAAAGUUCUUGUUUGACACAAGAAUCCAGAGAGAAACCUCCCAAGUGCAGUGAGUGUGGGAAAGGCUUCAGCAAGUGCUCCAGCCUCACUGCCCACUUGAGAACUCACAAAGGGGAGAGACCCUACCAGUGUGGGGAAUGUGGGAAAAGCUUCAACCAGAGCUGCAGCCUCACUGUUCUCCAGAGGACCCACACUGGGGAGAAGCCAUAUUAGUGUGCGGUCUGUGGGAAAAGAUUCAACAACAGCUUCCAGUUCAUCACUUGCAGUGAGUCCCGCUGAGGAGAGCCCUACAGUUGUGGGCAGUGUGAGAAAAGCUUCAGCAACAGCUCCCCCUUGAGAGCCCCACAACUGCACACGAGUGAAAAGCCUCACCAGUGCUCUCAGAGUGAGAAAAGCUUCACCAAGAGUCCUGCCCUGAAUGGUCUACUGGGAAACUGGGAUGCAGCUGCUGGACUCCUGGAAUUCUUUGAGUGCCUCCACCCUCCAAACCGCCUUACCCUCUAG